AUGGCGGACAGAAACCAGGACAGAAACAAGGAAGGAGAGAAAAAGAAGAAAGAGAGUAUCUUUGACCUGUCAAAGUACAUUGAUAAACAAAUCCGUGUGAAGUUUCAGGGAGGACGAGAGGCCAGUGGAGUUCUGAAUGGGUUUGACCCCCUGUUGAACCUGGUAUUGGAUAGCACCAUCGAGUACUUGCGGGAUCCUGACGACCAGUUCAAGCUGACCGAGGACACGUGGCAGCUGGGCCUGGUGGUUUGUAGAGGGACGUCCGUGGUGCUCAUCUGUCCUCAGGACGGCAUGGAAGCCAUCCCCAACCCCUUCAUCCAGCAGCAGGACGGAUAG